AUGAGUGAUCCCGGUAGUGAAGAGGCUUGGGAGCGACUUCUGGUUGAGAGCCUCUUGAAACUGUCGGGCGAGCACAGCGUGACACACCAUGAACCCCUUUCCAGUUCCUACCUUUCACCCGAUGAAAAUGCUGCGGCUGAGGAUGCGGCGCCACAACUUGCUGAGCAAAUGGCAAAUGUGGAUGCCGCCGUGAAUACGCCAGUUGUGGUUGAUUCAAACGAUGAUGGAACAGUCACCCAGGAACUGGAACUAGAGCAAAUGAGGAGUACAUUGGAAGAGGCGAUUGUGGAAACGCGCAGUACGACUCUCGAAAAUCGACCGCGACUUCCCCGCUUAGCCCUAAGUAAGCGGAAUCGGGCUGUCGUGAGGGCUCUGAACCCAAUGCUGGUUACCUAUUUGGAAGCCAGCCGGGACCUUUUGCGAGACGAACUCAAUUCUUUUUGGCGCCGCACUGGCAGUCUGCCGUAUUACAGGUACCAAACUUUCCACGGCUGGACGCGCUACUGGACAAAGUAG